AACGACACGACAGAUGUCUUCAGAGUUACCACCAAGUGACACGUGUUCACACGAUCCCAACCGCCAAAGAGUAUUUGUUCUCAGCUCAAGUAUCACAAACCGAGCUUUGGUAAUGGCGGUUAUGGAGGAGAAAACCUUGCUUGGAGCACAAAAGAGAAGAGUAGCCAUUAAAAGUGGCCUCCUCAUGAAGACGAAGAAGAAGAAGAAGACAAAGCAGAGUUCGUUGCUCAAAAAAUUUGUUGACUAUCUCAAAUCUGACUCGUACUUGUUUGCUCCGUUGACCUCUUCUUCCUCACGUUUUGACUUCCGUUCCUUCCAGACUUCGGAAAUAAAAGAGAAACCUAAAGAAAACGACAAUGAAAGGUUGGUGAAGAAGAUUGGAGACUAUCUCAUGUCUGAUUCUUACAUGUUUGCUCCUUUGGUUGAUUCUUCUUCCAUCUCAUUGCUUGCUUCUCUAAAAGGACCUCAAGAGUACAUUAAAAAAGUUACCCAUGAUCAAUUUUCAAGGAGUUCAAUAAAAUUGAAAGACUGCAAUAAAUUUUCAAAUGAUAUAGUAGACCAAGCUUCCAAUGCUCGUCUCCACGAAAAGGGUAUGCCGAAAGGCCAAUCUCUAGUCCACAAGGAAACGGUGGUGGCGUCACAAACAAUGUACCAAAAUCGUCGAUCGCCCUCAGCGUUAGCUGAUAAAGCAACACAUCACCAAAAGCAAAAAGUGGCUGCAACUCUAAGUGUGAAGAGCAAGCUUGGCUCAAGGACAAGGAAGGAAGUUCAGUGAUUAGGAAAUAAAGGGUUUUUCUUUUUGAUGUGUUAAUAUUGUAAAAUCUAAUCCAAUAUCUUUUGGUUUGUAUUCUCUUCUGUGUGAUGGGCCUCAAAUCUUUACUUGUAGAUAUGGAAAGAUUAUAAAAAUUACAAUCAUAUAAUAUAAUAUGCAAUGAACAUUGUACUUCUCUGAA